UCCAAGUCAUGAGGAUCUGGGACUAUCCCUCAUGGGCAGGUAAACAAGCAAAAGCAGUUAUCUUCUCACAAGCCUUCAUUUGUUGUAAGAUUUACAAAAUGGUUUCCAUCAAAACUGAAAAUGUUACACAACUUUACAACAACAUGGCCACCCAGGAGCUCACAGUCAGUCCCACAAACUUCUGCAAUAAUUCGGGAGUGCAUCAGCUGAAUCAAUAUGAAUGUAUUAAUUCAGAUGUAUGGAAAUGGCUACAGGAUUUUCAGCCUGGAUUUCUCUGGUUUAUAUUUAUUCUGGGAGCCAUAGAAAAUUCCUUUGUCCUCAUCGUCCUGUGUUUCCACAAGAGUCGCUGCACAGUGGCUGAAAUUUACCUAGCAAACAUGGCAUUUGCUGACCUACUGUUAGUCUGUGCUUUACCUUUCUGGGCCAUUAAUAUUUCUAAUGAAUUUCAAUGGCCUUUUGGCCUGUUCCUCUGUAAAGCUGUCAACAUAAUGAGUAACACAAACUUUUAUUCUAGCAUUUAUUUCCUGACACUAGUGAGCAUCGACCGCUAUCUGGCCUUGGUGAAAACCAUGUCUCUUGGACGAAUGCGACGAACUGUCUGUGCCAAAUGGAAUAGCUUUGUUAUCUGGGUGUGUGCCUUGCUCAUAUGUUCACCUACAAUGAUGUUCCGAAAUUUACAGUAUUACGAAGAAUACAACAUCACAGCCUGUGCUCUUAUUUACCCAGCCAGCUACUGGGAGCCUGCAAACAACUGCUUGCUGAAUAUUGUGGGGUUUGUGAUCCCACUCUGUGUAAUUACCUACUGCACUGUGCAAAUCAUCAAAACCUUACGAAGUAGUGAGCUACAAAAAAUGAAGUUAGUCCAGACAGAGAGGAGAGCCACCAUGCUGGUCCUUGCUGUGCUCUUGCUGUUCAUCAUUUGCUGGCUUCCAUUCCAGAUCAGUACAUUCAUUGACACAAUCCAUUAUCUUGCACCCACUUUCAAAUGCCUGGAAGAAAUCAAUGACAUAGUGACCCAGGUAGCUACGUACUGUGCCUUUAGCAACAGCUGCCUGAACCCAGUCCUGUACGUAAUUGUCGGGAAGCAUUUCCAGAAGAAGGCUGUGGAAUUCUACAAGGACUUGUUCCCAAAGAGGUGCAGAAAAUCACAGUCUGUGCAGAUGGAAAACUCCUUGGACACUUUAAGAACUUCCAUUUCAAGUGAAUACCCAAGGAAAAAGUCUGUUUUCCCAUUACCACAAUAGAAAAUUUUUCAAUACAGGAAAAAAACGUCUAACAUAUCCGUUUCCACUAGUAUCCAUCUGUUACUGGUCCACAGAAUAAACAUGUGGUAGUACUCACCAUUUGUGGGAAAACAGUGGUUUUGUCUUAAUGGAAACUCCAUACAGAGACCUGCUUCUAAUGUUAUUGGACAUUUUUCAUGAUUGAGUCCUACUUUGUAGCAUACUUACAUUUUCAUGGCUGAAUAAUAUUUCAUGCAUGUAUCAUUUGAAAUGUUUGCCUUUCUAAGGUGUACCUACAUGUACAUGCAGUUCUCUGAAUAGAGCCCCAGUAUAGAGGCUAUUGUCAGAACUGUGCAACUACUUAUGGUACCCAUUCAGUUUGUUAAACUAGAUUUUGCAUAGGAGGGGUUGUAUAUGAGUAAAUUCUGGUAAAUUAAUCCUGUAGGACUAUUAUUUAAAUGGAUUUUUAGGUGUGGCCAUCUUCUGGGCUUUUACUUUCUCUGAACAGUCAUCCAAAACUAUUGUGAUGGUUUGAUAGACAAGCUGUGCCUUUUUGCAAUUGCUCUGCCCUGUUAGUUGCAGGUUUACAUCAGCUUGCAUGUAUGAAAAGUAUUUCAAAAAAAAUAAAGCAGUAACAGAAGGAAGGAUGCAGCCAGCUGCAUGAAGUUGAGUUUUCUUUGUAUCAGGAGAUUCUUUACCCCUUCUGCAUGGUGGUAAAAGCAUUCACUUACUCAUUUUGAGUGAGCGAAUGUUACUUAAAUUCAUACCUGCACUUCAGAUCAGAGACUUAGCUUUUAAUAUUCACAAAGCAUGAUUAAUAUUCAUAGUGUUGUUUAAUGAAAACAUAAAAGCUCAGCACAACUGGUAUAAUCUCACAAGUAGAAGAAACUGGGAAUAUGAAGGAAAGCAUCACCUAACUGCCAUAGAAAUCUAACUGAAGCUAAUAGGAGUCUUGAAAGGUUCAGAGUAUUCAAGAAUGGUCUUUUCAAACUAGAAUAAUCUCUACAUUUUAUUUGUUGAGUUAAUCUGAAUUAUUUUAAUACAAAUAGCUUCUCCCCAGUUGGACUGGAUUUAUGAUCUAAAUUGAGUUGACUCAGAAGAUAAACUCAUAUUGUACUGAAUUGUCAGUAUGCACUUUUACCUCUAGAAACCUUGAUCAAAAACUGAGUUGGAGAUGGUCUAAAAUCUUCUGAAACUAACAGAGUCUUUGCUCUUUUCAAAGCACUUAAGGUUACAGCCUUAAAACCACCAAGGCAAAUAGAGUUUGGUGACAUAAUUAAACACAGACUGCAACUGCGUGUUCUUUAUUCAUCAGAGCUUGAAUGGAGAAAUAAAGUUCCAUUUAACAUAGGAAAUUUGUAUUAAACCUUCAAAUAAUUAAACCCCCAAAUGCUCUAGAAGUGUGCAGGUGCUAUAAAAAACUAUGGGAUUUAAAUCCCUGUAGAUGAUUUAUAGACAAUUUCCAUAGGUUUUGUUUAAUAAUUCAGUAUAAUCCCACAUUAUAAAUACUUCUAUUGUUCAUUGUUUGUAUUGUCCAAGACACCUAUGAUGAAACACUGCAAGGCUUUCUGUUAUCUCCAGUGUUAUCAAUACUGUCUCAUUCACAAGCAUGCUGUUCAUGCAAACAUUAAAUAAAAGGAACUUCAUACAGAGGUUACUGAGGCAACGGAAGAGAUUUUUGAG